AUGAAAUUUGCAGAAGCCUCAAAAGAAGAGCAUCAGAAGAACCUAAGAAACAUAUUCUUCGAAGCCUCAAAAGACGAGCCUCAGAAGAACUUAAGAAGCAUCUUCGAAGCCUCAAAAGAGGAGCACCAGAAGAACUUAAAAAGCAUCUUCGAAGCCUCAAAAGAGGAGCACCAGAAGAACUUAAGAAGCAUCUUCGAAGCCUCAAAAGAGGAGCACCAGAAGAACUUAAGAAGCAUCUUCGAAGCCUCAAAAGUAGAGCAUCAGAAAAAUUCGCCGGCGCGUUCCGCUUUCCAGCGUUUUUCCGCCGCCGGCUGGAAAGGCCGGAAAAGCCGGAAAACCGCGGAGACGCCGAACGGCACCAGUUGCUGGAUCGGCGUCGCGACGUUGCCGGAUCUCGGCCGGUUCUAA